AUGUUCUUACAGGUCUCUCGAUUGCUAGGUGCUUUCAAAAACCAAAAACAGGUGACCAGAAGUUUUGGUAGCGCUGUGCAAACAGUAACUUUAAUCCCAGGAGAUGGUAUAGGACCUGAGAUUUCUGCUGCUGUCAUGAAGAUCUUUGAUGCUGCUAAAGCUCCUAUUCAGUGGGAAGAGAGGAACGUUACAGCUAUCCAAGGACCAGGAGGGAAGUGGAUGAUACCCCCAGAUGCCAAAGAAUCCAUGGAUAAAAACAAAAUGGGAUUAAAAGGGCCUUUAAAAACCCCAAUUGCUGCGGGGCACCCAUCAAUGAAUCUGCUGCUGCGCAAAACCUUUGACCUUUAUGCGAACGUCCGCCCCUGCGUCUCAAUCGAAGGCUACAAAACCCCGUACACGGACGUAAACAUUGUCACAAUUCGGGAGAACACCGAGGGCGAGUACAGUGGGAUUGAGCACGUGAUCGUUGAUGGUGUUGUGCAAAGUAUCAAGCUAAUCACAGAAGAGGCAAGCAAGCGUAUUGCCGAGUUCGCUUUUGAGUAUGCCAGAAAUAAUCAGAGGAGUCAUGUUACUGCAGUGCACAAGGCAAAUAUUAUGAGAAUGUCUGAUGGGCUUUUCUUGAGAAAAUGUCGUGAGGCAGCAGAAAACUGUAAAGAUAUUAAAUUUAAUGAAAUGUACCUGGAUACUGUGUGUCUGAACAUGGUUCAGGAUCCAUCACAAUUUGAUGUGCUCGUUAUGCCAAAUUUGUAUGGUGACAUCCUCAGUGACUUAUGUGCUGGACUCAUUGGGGGUCUUGGAGUAACACCAAGUGGAAAUAUUGGUGCUAAUGGAGUUGCAAUUUUUGAAUCGGUUCAUGGAACCGCUCCAGACAUUGCUGGAAAGGACCUGGCAAAUCCAACUGCUCUUCUUCUGAGUGCCGUAAUGAUGUUGCGUCACAUGGGACUGCACCAGCAUGCCACGAAAAUUGAAACAGCUUGCUUUGAUACAAUCAAAGAUGGAAAGGUCUUGACAAAAGACUUGGGAGGUAACGCCAAGUGUUCGGAAUUCACAGAGGAGAUCUGCCGCCGAGUACAGGACAAAGACUAAACUUUGCUCGUGCUACUUGGAAUAACUCCUAAAGGAUACAUC